UGUUGGAGAUGGUUCUUUCCAGUAAUGGCCGCCGCAGCAUCGUGGUGAAGGAGAGUCCAGCGUGGAUAAACAACGGCGACAGCUUGAGGAUUUAAUCGGUUUUGUGUUGUGACAGCUAUUCGUAAGCCAAUUUUUUUUAGGGUUCUUAUCGUGACCUGUUGAAGAAAACCGUCAGAGAUUCUGUGACAAAAUGCCUCACAGAAAGAAGAAAUCGUUCAUUGAAAAGAAGAAGGCUGUGACCUUUCACCUGGUCCACAGAAGUCAGAGGGACCCGCUGGCUGCAGAUGAGAAAGCACCACAGCACGUCCUCCUGCCUGCCUCAAAGGUGGAAGCGGAGAAGAGGCGUGAGGAGCAGAGGCAGUUUGGUGUUUUCUUCGAUGAUGACUAUGACUACCUGCAGCACCUGAAGGAGGCGUCCGGCCAGUCUGAGCUGGUGGCAGCCGGGGCCUCAUAUCCUGACAGACAACCUUUACGGCUCCGAGAUGAAGAGGAAGAAGACGAGGAGGAGAGAGACACAGACAAGGAUAUGCCUGCCGCUACCAUCCAUCUGCCCUCUUCAGUGUUCGCCUCAGAGUUUGAAGAAGAAGUUGGACUUCUGAACAAAGCUGCUCCUAUUUCAGGACCCCGACUGGACAUGGACCCUGAUAUUGUAGCUGCUCUCGAUGAAGACUUUGACUAUGAAGACCCCGACAACAUCCUGGAGGAUGACUUCAUCAUGAAAGCAAACCGCUCAGGCGGAGCGGUGGACACAGAAGGAGCCUCUGAUGAUGACGACGACGAUGAUGAUGAGUGGGAGGAUACGGACGAGGAAGGAGAUUUUGACUCUGAGGGUGGUUUUUCUGGCGAUGAGGACAUGGACGGUGACCGUCUUGGUCGAGAGUUUCUGUUCAUGGACGAGGAGACCAAGAGUCGCUUCACAGAGUAUUCGCUGACCUCAUCUGUAAUGAGGAGGAACGAGCAGCUCACCUUGCUGGACGACCGCUUCGAAAAGUUUUACGAACAGUUUGAUGAUGAUGAGAUCGGUGCUCUGGACAACGCCGAGCUGGAGGGUUUUAUUGAACCAGACAGCGCUCGCCUGGAGGAAGUCAUCAAAGACUACUUCAAGCAGAAAGCAAAAGAGUCCCUGAGGCCUGAAGAUUUGGGUCCUAAAGAGCUUCCUGCUGUGAAAGAGGAGGAGGAGGAAGAUGAGGAGGGGGAGGAAGAAGAGAUGGAGACUGUUGUCAUUGAGGCUCCAGAAGAGAAGUGGGACUGUGAAACCAUCAUCAGUACAUACUCCAACAUAUAUAACAGACCCAAAGUCAUUCAGGAACCACCAAAGCCCAAGCCGAUCCGUGUGUCCAGUAAGACGGGCAUCCCCCUGGACGUCCUCCCUGCCAGAGGCCUGACGGCCAAGCAGGAAGAGCGCAUGACGAGAAUCAACGACUCUGACCUGCCUCGUGUCUCCACUCAGCCCCGGAACAAGGAGGAGAGCAAAGAGGAGAGGAAGGCAAGGAAACAGGCUGUGAAAGAAGAACGCAAGGAGAGGAGAGCUGAGAAGAAAGCCAACAAGAUGGCGUUCAAGGAAGAAAAAGUGCGACAGGAGAAACAAAUGUUGAACCUGAGAACAAACGUUCAAGGCCUGAAGCUUUAGUGGACGACUGUUGGCACUCUGCCUGGACUGACUUUUUACAUGUUGGUGUGUCAUCAGUGGACACGCUGCUCCUCACUUCAGUGGACGAGAAAGGACCCUAAACAAGAAGGCUGGGAGGCUCUGGGUUUUUAGACCAGAGGGGAAUUUUCUCAAAGCAAAAAUUAUUUUUGUCACCAAUAAACCAGCUCAGAACUUAAUGCCGUUACCAUGUGGCAUCCAGGAAUACUAAAAGUUCUGUAUCCAACUUCACUUUUUGGUACUAGCCAAAUGUUUUCAUAGUACUGUGUACUUAAAAUGUCCUAAUAAAACUUUUUUUAAAAUCUAAA